AAAGGAGAGACCGGUGAAUCACAAAGGUUUUUUUCACAUACAAGUAGAGAGAGACAGAAAGAGUAAUAAUACUACUAUAUAGACUAUACAAAUAUUAAUUAAUUAAUUACUAAUUUGUAUAUAUGUCUCUGAAAGAGAAAAUAUUGGACCCUCUUUGUUUUUCUGUUCAGCAAAAAAAAAGAUUUUGAAGAGAAAGUUCGCAUCCUACUUUCACUCUCCUCUUUCUUCUCAAACAGCCCCAAAGCAAAUAGAAAAAAAAACUGCACAGAAAGGUAAUAAAUUAAACACAAUAUCUUAGUUUCAUGUUCAUCAUCAACUUGCUUUUAUUUUGGAGAUUCCAAUAAUUUUUUCACUUCAUGUUGAUCAAGAUUAACGCUUGCAAUCUCUCUCAAUUUUUUUUUAUCUAACUCUCUCAGUUUGACCAUCUCCAAUGUAUUUUGCUAUUUUCACUUCUAAAAUAGGGGAACUCUAUAAUAGAGGUGAGAUAUGCUCCAAUGUAUUCCCCUAAAAUAGCAAUCUCUAAAAUAUAGAGUAAAAAAUAGAGGAAUGCUAUUUCUUCCUCUAUAAAUAGAGGAAAAAAUAGAGAUCUCUAUUAUAGAGGAAGAAAUAGAAGUGGGUUGGAGCAAUUUCACCUCUAAAUGCUAUUAUAGAGGUGAAAAUAGCAAUGGGUUGGAGAUGUUCUUAACUCAAAGUUUCUAUUAGUGAAUCUUAUAUCCUUUCGUUCUUUCUUUCAUCCCUUUUUCAAGACCAACUAAUGUUUUACAGACAAGAGAGAAUUAAGAAGAAGACAUAAGUAGAAGAGAAGAUCAAGAAAGAGGAAGAUAUCAUCAAUCAGGGAGAUGGAUAACCAUAGAGUAAUCAGGGAGAUGGAUAACCAUAGAGUAAUCAGCGAAGCCACAAACCAUAAUGAUAAUCAUCAUCUUUCUUAUUCACUUCUUCAUGGCCUCAGCAACAAUCCUCCACCUCCUGGAUUCAUUAACCAAGAUGGAUCCUCCUGCUUCGAUUACGGAGAGCUAGAAGAAGCAAUGGUUCUGCAAGGUGUUAACUCUAGUAGCCACGAAGCUAAGCCACGAGGAGGAGCUACGACUCUGGAGAUGUUCCCUUCAUGGCCAAUCAGAACUCACAAAAGUCUUCCUACUGAAAGUUCAAAGUCAGGAGGAGAGAGCAGCGAUUCAGAAUCGGCGAAUUUUUCUGGCAAAGCAGAAAGUCAACUGCCGGAGUCUCCGAUGAGUAGCAAACAGAAUCAUCAUCUCAUGCUUCAGCAUCAUCACAGCAACAACAUGGCAAACUCAACCUCAGCAUCUGGACUUCCCUCUACUUCUCGAACUCUAGCUCCUCCAAAAGCUUCUGAGGAUAAGAGGAAGGCUACAACUUCAGGCAAACUUCUUGAUGCUAAGACAUUGAGACGUUUGGCCCAAAAUAGAGAAGCUGCUCGCAAAAGCCGUCUUAGGAAAAAGGCUUAUGUGCAGCAGCUAGAAUCAAGUAGGAUAAAACUUUCCCAGUUAGAGCAAGAACUACAGCGAGCUCGUUCUCAGGGGAUGUUUAUGGGUGGCUGUGGUCCACCUGGACCUAACAUCACUUCCGGAGCUGCAAUGUUUGACAUGGAAUAUGGGAGAUGGCUAGAGGACGAGAACCGGCAUAUGUCGGAGAUUCGGACCGGUCUGCAGGCUCACUUAUCUGACAAUGAUUUAAGGUUGAUCGUUGACGGUUACAUCGCUCACUUCGAUGAGGUAUUUAGAUUGAAAGCAGUGGCCGCGAAAGCCGACGUUUUUCACCUCAUCAUCGGAACAUGGAUGUCCCCUGCCGAACGCUGUUUUAUUUGGAUGGCUGGUUUCCGUCCAUCAGACUUUAUCAAGAUACUGGUGUCGCAAAUGGAUCUAUUGACGGAGCAACAGCUGAUGGGAAUAUAUAGCCUACAACACUCAUCGCAACAAGCAGAGGAGGCUCUCUCGCAAGGCCUCGAACAACUUCAGCAAUCUCUCAUCGAUACCCUCGCUGCCUCUCAAGUCAUCGAUGGUAUGCAACAGAUGGCCGUCGCUCUCGGCAAGGUCUCUAACCUCGAGGGCUUUAUCCGCCAGGCUGAUAACUUAAGGCAGCAAACCGUUCACCAGCUGAGGCGGAUCUUGACCGUUCGUCAAGCUGCACGGUGUUUUCUAGUAAUCGGGGAGUAUUACGGACGGCUCAGAGCUCUUAGCUCUCUUUGGUUGUCACGACCACGAGAAAUUAAUGUGAAUAGGACGCUGAUAAACGAUGAAACAUCUUGCCAAACGGCGACGGAUCUGCAGAUGGUUCAUUUAUCCCGCAACCAGUUCUCCAAUUUCUGAAUUGAAAUUGAAAUCUGUAUGACUAAAUGGUCGAGUUUCUUUGUGUUAAUUUCACUGGUCGACCGCUCUAAAUAUUUUUAUGUUGUACUUAACGUUUAGCAAAAAAAAAAAGUUGUACUUAGCGGGGUAAAUCCAAACGUAAAAAGCACUUGAUAAGACCCAUACAUGAGACUAUCGGGCCUUAGAUGGGCUAGACACUUCUUUGUGGCCCUAUCAUGUAAGCAAAAGCGGAGGAAGAAGAUGAGAAAGGUGGAUAAUUAAUUACCACUCUUUAAAUUGAUCAUAGUCCAAUGGUUUGUU